AUGCGGCCCUCUCUCCUUCUUCCCUCUCUGCUGGGCUCAGUCUGGGCCUCGCCCACUGCAUCACCUCUUGACGUGGAUCCCGCCCUCGUCGAACUCGGCCGCCGAGCUGCUGCCGCCGGCCAACCCACCUUCAACUUCACCCAGUGCUACGUCACGGUCAAGGGGGAUCCCGGGUUCCAGAGCUUCCAGGCCGGCACGGCCACGGGGACCAUGUGGCUCGUGUGGGGCAUCCCGCCGCCGGCGGACAACAAGAACGGCGAAAACCCGGUCGACGUGGUCCUCCGUGUCGGCGGGGGUAGCAUUGGGUCCAUCAACUUUGUCACCAACGGGUACCUGAACAAUUUCCCCUCCGUCAGACCCGGGCCGAGCAUCGACUAUGUCAAGGUCAAGGGCACAGCCGCCAAAUUUCAGGCCGACGUCGACUUUUCCUAUGUUCCGUACGGCCAGCAGCCUCAGUGGUUCGCCACGACCAUGUCCAAGAACAUCGGGCCGCCCUGGGGCCCCCUCGCCACUUAUGGUGUGACCUCUGGGUUCCUCGGAUUGAAGACCACAGAACCGACGGCCCAGAACACCAGGGAGGUCAACGGGGCUGUUUUCUUCGCGGGGGGCAAUCGCAAUCCCGGUUACGCUGGCUAUAUUACUGGGUCGUGCUUGGGAAGUGGCACUCUUCCGCUUAGUAUUGUCUAG